CGGAGCCCGGGCCGGCGGACGCGGCUUUGUCUCCUUUGUUCCCAGCGGUGGCAGCGCCGCGGCGGGAGGGGCGGGCAGCGGGCGCAGUUUUCCGCCCCUCGGUCUCCGGGUAACAGCUGCGGCUCCGCCAGACCCACCUCCGCGGGGAGGGAAGGCCGCUGCGCGCAGAUCCCCAGCGAGCCGGGAGCAGCCGGCGCCCGCCUCACCGCGCACAUCCGCGGGCCGGCCGGGUGGUGACUCCUGCUCAGGUCAUGCUGUUGUCUCCUGAUCCAGCCAGCCCUGCCAGGUGACCAUGCCUGUCCUCGGCCCAGUUCUUCUCCAGGUGCUCUGGGCUGGGUGUAUCCUUACCCUACAGCCCCCUCCACCAGCUGCUUUUACCCCCAAUGGCACACAUCUGCAACAUCUGGCAAGGGACCCCAUCUCAGGUACCCUCUAUGUAGGGGCCACCAACUUCCUAUUCCAGUUGAGCCCUGGGCUGCAGCUAGAAGCCAUGGUGUCCACAGGCCCUGUGAAUGACAGCAGAGAUUGCCUGCCCCCAGUGAUACCUGAUGAAUGUCCUCAAGCCCAGCCUACCAACAAUCCCAACCAGCUGCUCCUGGUGAGCCCAGAGGCCCUGGUGGUGUGUGGGAGUGUACACCAGGGCGUCUGUGAGCUUCGGAGCCUAGGACAGCUCAGGCAGCUGCUGCUACGGCCAGAGCGGCCUGGGGACACCCAGUAUGUGGCUGCAAAUGACCCUGCAGUCAGUACAGUGGGGCUAGUGGCCCAGGGAUUGGCAGGGGAGCCCCUUCUGUUUGUGGGGCGGGGGUACACUAGCAGGGGUGUAGGGGGUGGCAUCCCCCCAAUUACAACCCGGACCCUGCGGCCACUGGACCCCCAAGCUGCCUUCUCUUAUGAGGAGACUGCCAAACUGGCAGUGGGCCGCCUCUCUGAGUACAGCCACCACUUUGUGAGUGCCUUUGUACGAGGGGCCAGUGCCUACUUCCUGUUCUUGCGUCGAGACCUGAAGGCCCCUUCUAGAGCCUUCCGUGCCUAUGUGUCCCGAGUGUGCCUCCAGGACCAGCAUUACUACUCCUAUGUGGAAUUGCCUCUGGCUUGCCAGGGUGGCCGCUAUGGUCUUAUCCAGGCUGCAGCUGUGGCCACAUCCAGGGAGGUGGCCCGUGGGGAAGUGCUCUUUGCAGCCUUCUCCUCAGUGGUUCCUCCCACUGUGGACUGGCCCCUGUCUGCAUCUACUGGGGCAUCUGGAACCUCUGUGCUCUGUGCCUUCCCUUUGGAUGAAGUAGACUGGCUUGCUAAUUAUACUCGAGAUGCCUGCUAUACCCGGGAAGGCCGUGCUGAGAAUGGGACCAAGGUGGCUGACAUUGCCUAUGAUGUCCUUUCUGACUGUGCACAGCUGCCAGUGGAUACCCCGGAUGCUUUUCCCUGUGGCUCAGAUCACACACCCAGCCCUGUGGUUAGCUGUGUCCCUUUGGAAUCCACACCAAUUCUGGAGUUGCCAGGGGUUCAACUCACAGCUGUGGCAGUCACCAUGGAGGAUGAACACACCAUUGCUUUCCUGGGUGAUAGUCAAGGACAGCUGCAUAGGGUCUACUUGGGCCCUGGGAGCAAUGCUGAACCGUACUCUAAACAGAGCAUCCAGCCAGGGUCUGCAGUGAGCAGAGACCUCACUUUUGAUAGCACCUUUGAGCACCUGUAUGUCAUGACCCAGACCACACUUGUGAAGGUUCCUGUGGCUCCUUGUGCUCAGCAUCUGGACUGUGAAUCUUGCCUUGCCCACAGGGACCCAUAUUGUGGGUGGUGUGUGCUCCUCGGCCGGUGUAGUCGCCGGUCAGAAUGCUCGAGGGGCCAGGGCCCAGAACAGUGGGUAUGGAGCUUCCAGCCGGAAUUGGGUUGUCUUCGAGUGGUGGCUGUGAGCCCUGCCAACAUCAGCCGGGAGGAGAGGAAGGAGGUUUUCCUGUCGGUGCCAGACCUGCCCUCUCUUUGGCCAGGGGAGUCCUAUUCCUGCUACUUUGAGGAACAUCAGAGUCCUGCUCUGCUGACCGGUUCUGGUGUGAUGUGCCCCUCCCCAGAUCCUAGUGAGGCCCCGGUGCUGCAGAGAGGAGCCGACCAUGUCUCCAUGAAUGUGGAGCUCAGAUUUGGUGCUGUGGUGAUUGCCAACGCUUCCCUGUCUUUCUAUGACUGUGUAGCAGUCACUGAAUUCCGCCCAUCUGCUCCAUGCCAGGCCUGUGUGAGCAGCCGUUGGGGAUGUAACUGGUGUGUUUGGCAGCACCUGUGUACACACAAGACCUCAUGUGAUGCUGGGCCCAUGGUGGUGAGCCAACAGAGCCCACUUCUCUCCCUAGACCCUCCUGCAAGGGACGUACCCACUCCUUUCCCACCCACAGCCCCCAAAGCCAUAGUCACCCCUACUCCCAAUACCUUCCCAGUGGAACCUAGGGCUGCCUCUACAGCCACAACCUCAGAUGCCCUACCUGGGGCCAGGCCUUCCCGGCUCAGUCUCUGGAGGCCAUGGGCAGGUCCUGGCCCCAUACCUUCCCCUACCUCCACAGAGUCAUCUCUCCAUGAGAAACCCCUUCCCCCCAACCUCCCCACCACACCUGGAACUACUGUCCCUGCCCCCACUUACUUGGGACCAUUGACCAUACCUGAGGACCUCUUGGCCUCCCACCCAUACCCCUCAGAUGCAGCCACAGUGUCCCCUGCAGAGCCUGGCCCUGAGGCCCUGCCUUCCACAGUGGCGGUGGAACAGUCCCCUGGCACCAUUCCUGCCACUACUUUCCCAGGGGCCGCUGGCUCCACGAAGCCUGAUCUGGAUUGGCUCAUGAGAGAAGGCGGCCAGCUGCCCGAGGCGGACGAGUGGACGGGGGGUGACAUGCCCGCCUUCUCCACUUCCACCCUCCUCUCAGGUGAUGGAGACUCAGCAGAGCACGAGGGCCCUCCUGCCCCCCUCAUCCUUCUGUCCAGCCUUGACUACCAGUACGACACCCCCGGGCUCUGGGAGCUGGGAGAUGUGAAUCAGAGGACAAGCUCCUGCCCUUGUGUGGAGAGUGUUCAAGGCUCCACACUGAUACCGGUACAUGUGGAGCGAGAAGUCCAACUUCGAGGCAGGAAUCUGCGGCUCUUCCAGGAUGGCCCAAGAAACAGUGAAUGUGUGAUGGAACUGGAGGGCCUCGAGGUGGCAGUUGAGGCCCAGGUUGAGUGUGAGCCGCCUCCAGAUACCUGGUGCCAUAUCAAGUGCCAGCAGCACCAGUUCAGCUAUGAAGCUCUGCAGCCAGAGUUCCAGGUGGGGCUGUUCCUGCGUUGGGCAGGUGGCCUGCGUGUGGACAGUGCUGAUGGGCUACAUGUGAUUCUAUAUGAUUGCUCCGUGGGACAUGGAGACUGCAGCCGCUGCCAAACCGCCUCGCCCCAGUAUGGCUGUGUGUGGUGUGAGGGGGAGCAUCCUCGCUGCGUGGCCCAGGAAGCCUGUAAUGAGGCUGAGGCUGUGGCCACACAGUGCCCUGCACCUCUCAUCCACUCGGUAGAGCCAGUGACUGGACCUAUUGAUGGAGGCACUCGUGUCACUAUCAGGGGUUCCAACCUCGGCCAACAUGUGCAGGAUGUGAUGGACAUGGUCAGGGUGGCUGGUGUACCUUGUGCUGUGGAUGUCCAGGAAUAUGAGGUCUCCAGUAGUCUUGUGUGCAUUACUGGGGCCACUGGGGAGGAGGUGACUGGUGCUGUGGCAGUGGAGGUGCCUGGAAGAGGACAUGGUGUCUCAGAACUCAAGUUUGCUUACCAGGAUCCAAAGAUACAUUCCAUCUUUCCAGCCCAUGGCCCCAGAGCCGGAGGCACCCGCCUCACCCUGCAUGGUUCUAAGCUCCUGACUGGGCGUCUGGAAGAUAUCCAUGUAGUGAUCGGAGACCAACCUUGUCACUUGCUCCUGGAGCAGCAGUCUGAGCAGCUGUGCUGUGAGACCAGUCCUUACCCUGUGCCUGCGGAGCUCCCCGUGACUGUUUGGUUUGGGGCCACUGAACGGAGGCUUCAGCAUGGCCAGUUCAAGUACACAUCAGACCCCAAUGUCACCUCUGCGGGCCCCGCCAAGAGCUUCUUCAGUGGAGGACGUGAGAUAUGGGUCCGGGGCCAGAAUCUGGAUGUGGUACAGAUGCCAAGAAUCCGAGUGACUGUGGUCCCAAGAAUGCUCCAGCCUGGCCAGGGGCUUGGACAGAAGCACCAUGUGGUCCCUGAGAAAUUUGAGGAGCCAUGCCUCGUGAACUCAUCCCACCUCAUCAUGUGCCGCACACCUGCCCUCCGGGGCCCACCAGUGGACCCCUGGGUCCAAGUGGAGUUUAUCCUCGACAACAUGGUCUUUGACUUUGCAACACUGAGCCCCACACCUUUUUCCUAUGAGGCUGACCCCACCCUGAAUUCCCUCAACCCUGAGGAUCCCACCACACCAUUCCGGCACAAGCCGGGGAGUGUGUUCUCUGUGGAGGGGGAGAAUCUGGACCUUGCAAUAUCCAAGGAAGAGGUGGUGGCUAUGAUAGGAGAUGGCCCCUGCGUGGUGAAGACACUGACCCGGCACCACCUAUACUGUGAGCCCCCAGCGGAGCAGCCCUUGCCACAGCACCAUGCUCUCCGGGAGGCACCAGACGCUUUGCCCGAGUUCACGGUGCAGAUGGGGAACCUGCGCUUCUCCCUGGGUCAUGUACAGUAUGAUGGCGAGAGCCCUGUGGCUUUUCCUGUGGCAGCCCAAGUGGGCUUAGGGGUAGGCGCGUCUCUCCUGGCCCUGGGUGUCAUCAUCAUUGUCCUCAUAUACAGGAGGAAGAGCAAGCAGGCCCUGAGGGACUAUAAGAAAGUUCAGAUCCAGUUGGAGAAUCUGGAGAGCAGUGUGCGAGACCGUUGCAAGAAGGAGUUUACAGACCUCAUGACUGAGAUGACUGAUCUCACCAGUGACCUUCUGGGCAGUGGUAUCCCCUUCCUUGACUACAAGGUGUAUGCAGAGAGGGUCUUCUUCCCUGGGCACCGGGAGUCACCCUUGCACAGGGAUCUUGGUGUGCCUGACAGCAGGCGACCCACUGUGGAACAGGGCCUGGGGCAGCUCUCCAACCUGCUUAACAGCAAGCUCUUCCUUACAAAGUUCAUCCACACACUGGAGAGUCAGCGCACUUUCUCCGCUCGGGAUCGUGCCUAUGUGGCGUCCCUGCUCACUGUUGCACUGCAUGGGAAGCUUGAGUACUUCACCGACAUCCUCCGCACUCUGCUUAGUGACCUGGUGGCCCAGUAUGUGGCGAAGAACCCCAAGCUGAUGCUACGCAGGACAGAGACUGUGGUGGAGAAGCUGCUCACCAACUGGAUGUCCAUCUGCCUCUACACCUUUGUGAGGGACUCAGUAGGGGAGCCUCUGUACAUGCUCUUCCGAGGAAUUAAGCAUCAAGUGGACAAGGGGCCUGUGGAUAGCGUGACUGGCAAAGCCAAAUACACCCUGAAUGACAACCGCCUACUCAGAGAGGAUGUGGAGUACCGUCCCCUGACUUUGAAUGCGCUUCUGGCUGUGGGGCCUGGGGCAGGAGAGGCCCAGGGUGUACCUGUGAAGGUUCUGGACUGUGACACCAUCUCCCAGGCCAAGGAGAAGAUGCUGGACCAGCUUUAUAAAGGAGUGCCUCUUGCCCAGCGACCAGACUCUCGCACCCUGGAUGUUGAAUGGCGGUCUGGGGUGGCUGGACACCUCAUCCUUUCUGACGAGGAUGUCACUUCUGAGGUCCAGGGUCUGUGGAGGCGCCUCAACACCCUGCAGCAUUAUAAGGUUCCAGAUGGAGCAACUGUAGCCCUUGUCCCCUGCCUCACCAAACAUGUUCUCAGGGAAAACCAGGAUUACAUCCCUGGCGAACGGACUCCAAUGCUGGAGGAUGUAGAUGAGGGGGGCAUCCGACCCUGGCACCUGGUGAAGCCGAGUGAGGAGCCAGAGCCACCUAGGCCUCGGAGGGGCAGCCUUCGGGGUGGAGAGCGUGAGCGAGCCAAGGCCAUCCCUGAGAUCUACUUGACACGCCUGUUGUCCAUGAAGGGCACCUUACAGAAGUUUGUGGAUGACCUGUUCCAGGUGAUUCUCAGUACCAGCCGCCCUGUGCCUCUGGCUGUGAAGUAUUUCUUUGACCUGCUGGAUGAGCAGGCUCAGCAGCAUGGCAUCUCUGACCAGGACACCAUCCACAUCUGGAAGACCAACAGCCUGCCACUGAGGUUCUGGAUCAACAUCAUCAAAAACCCACAGUUUGUGUUUGAUGUGCAGACAUCUGAUAAUAUGGAUGCGGUGCUCCUUGUCAUUGCACAGACCUUCAUGGAUGCCUGUACCCUGGCCGACCACAAGUUGGGCCGGGACUCCCCAAUCAACAAGCUUCUGUAUGCUCGGGAUAUUCCUCGUUACAAACAGAUGGUAGAGAGGUAUUAUGCAGACAUCAGACAGACCGUCCCAGCUAGUGAUCAAGAGAUGAACUCUGUCCUGGCCGAGCUAUCUCGGAACUACUCUGGUGACCUUGGGGCACGAGUGGCUCUGCACGAACUCUACAAGUAUAUCAACAAAUACUAUGACCAGAUCAUCACUGCCCUGGAGGAGGAUGGCACAGCCCAGAAAAUGCAGCUGGGCUACCGGCUCCAGCAGAUCGCUGCUGCUGUGGAAAACAAGGUCACAGAUCUAUAGGGAUCUGGGAAUUCUGGCCUGCUGUUUCCUUAGUGCCUCCCAGGCAGCCCUGGAACCUCAAGGGAGAGACCACCUUCGUAGAUGCCUGUAGUAACUGACAAGCAUAGUUAAUAGAAGGUGGCUCCCAGUCUUCUGGUGGUUCUAGCCUUGGCCCUGUUGGACCCACCUUUCAGGCCUAGGGACUAGAGACUUGUUGGGUAGUGCCUGGCCUGCCCCAAGCCCAGUGACCCUGUGAGUGACUUCCUGUGUGACGCCAGUCUACAGGGAGCUGGGGACUAAGGGCUUCCAGAGUGUGGCUGGAAGGCUCUCCAGGCCCCUGGGGAGACUCUGUUCCUGAACACUGGCCUGUGUCCCAUCAGGAAUCAGAGGAAGGAGGAGAACACUCAUACUUCCUGUCCUCUUCAUCCAUCUUCUUUGACCUCAGUUUAGCUUCCUUUGUCCUUGUUCCCUACUGCCAGUUCCAAGGUCUGAGAGAUAAUGCUGCUGCCAACUGAUGCCUCAGCAGGGUUGGUGCCUUGGCCACCCUGCCUCCAAGGUGGCCAGUGGUGAGGGACAUCUGCUGGAGGGGAGCCUUGGAGAGAAAGGUGACCCACCGACAAAGCUCUUCAUUAAAAGAUAACACACUGUGUGGAGUCUGAUAUGUGACUUACCAGCCCCACCCCUAGGAUAAGGCAGCUAUGCUGGGGAGGUGCACCUGUAACCUGAAAAGGGUCUCCUGGUCCCUAUAAAGGGUCUCAGACUACAGGUCUGGCAGAUUCUCCCUGGAGGGCCUGUGAGGAUCAAAGCUUCCAGGAAGAGAAAGCAGGGUGGGGCUAGAGGAGGCCUGGAACGUGAUGUGGAAGGCUCUACCAUCUUUAAGGGGUCUGCUUUGUCUCCAGGUUGUGCUCCAGCUCCUCCACUCAUGUUCUGUUAAUUUUGAAAGGAACUGGAAACACAUGACAUCAUUAAAGGUGA